CUUCAUCUGCAACCAUGAUUCUACAAUAUUUAAUACUGGUUAUUGGCUUAAUAUCUCACUAUGCGUGGUCCAGAGGCGACGUUAGUGGCGACAGGGACUUGACAAAAGAGGAAAUGCAAUAUUUUCUCGACUUACAUAAUGAAUAUAGAGCAAAGACCGCAAGAGGAGAGACUCCAAACCAGCCAAAGGCUGCAAAUAUGGUUGCUAUGGAAUGGGAUGAUAGACUGGAGAAAAGUGCCCAAGGACGUGCUGAUACAUGCUUAAAGGGACAUGACACCAAUGAAGAGAGGAUGUUUAAGCCGUAUCCAUUUGUAGGGCAAAACUAUGCAGGAAAUUAUGGUAUUCGACAGUCAUUUGAUGCUUGGUACAAUGAGUAUAAAGACUAUUCGUACAGUGGACCAUCAUGCAAUGCUGUCUGCGGGCACUAUACUGCCCUCGUGUGGGCCACAACCAGCCUAGUAGGAUGCGGUUAUAACGACUGUGGAGAUGGCUGGGAUAUCAUGCACUGUAACUAUGCACCAGGAGGAAAUACAGCAAAUGCUGAAACUGGUAUCGAGGACAAACCUUACAUUGAGGGAGAACCUUGCAGCCAGUGCCCUGUUGGGUACAGCUUCUGUAUGGACAAUGUUCUGUGUGCAUCCAAGAGAGCGUGCAGUGCUGGUGGUGGCGACUGCAAAUGCACAUUAACUGGGUGCAAGAAUGGCAAGUUCAACAAGAAAGAGUGCAGUUGUACUUGUGAUGAUGGCUGGAGUGGAGCAGGAUGUGAUGUCGAAUGUAAAGAUGGCAUAGACUAUUGUUCUGGUUUUGUGGACCAGGGACAGUGUGAAUGGGACGCCAUGAUGUGGAUGUGGAUGGCGGAUGUAUGCAGGAAGUCUUGCAAAAAGUGUGACCCAGCUGACGACCCAAACAAGGUGAAUAGUGUCAACAUUGCUGUGCACACAACUGUGAAAGGUGCCAAGGGUGGAGAUGGAGACAAAGCAAAUAACUCUGAUAAUAUGCAAGGAGACCAGCCUAAGGUUGCAGGUAACAAUGAUAAACCUGCGAGUGGAGGGGGUAACUGUGUGAACAGCUUUGAUGAGAGUAAGUGCUCUACUUGGGCUGCCAAUGGUGAAUGCAGUGCAAAUCCAGAUUGGAUGCAAGCGAAUUGUGCUAAGGCAUGUGGACAGUGUUGAAACCUGACACAAUGAAAAUAUUUUGCCUUAUGAUGCUGAAUCGAUACAACCAGUAUAGGAGUACAUCCAUGAAAAAGUGUUACCAACAAAGACACUGAUUUGAAAAUAUGAUAACUUUGACUAAAUUGGUCGAAGUGGGUGAUUCAAUAAAUCGAAUCCACGUAAACAUAUAAACUAAUGAUGCUGGUAAACUACAUCAUCAAUGACCGAAACGUUUAUGGACCUGAUUGUCUUUUUAGGAUUAUACAUAUUCAUUAUAUUAGUUUUGAGCAUUUUGAAUAUACUCUACAGCUUCUAUAAUUACAUUUUGCAUACACAGCUAUCUUUAUCUCCUAUCUUUGUUCGAGCUUUCCAAUUUUCUAUGGUUGCUGACAUCUUUCUUUGCAUACUUGUUUCCAUCUUUGGUAUUAUCAUCAUCAUUUAGAAUUUGCUGC